AUGUAUGUUCAACCUUCUUGUGAACAGCUAUCCGAAAACUCCGUUACAUUUUCUUUGCCAUCCUUCGAUGUGUCGAACCCACGUGUCUGGUUUAUUCAAGUUGAAUCUAUCUUUCGUUUUCGUAAGAUUACCUCGCAAUCCACAAUGUUUUCUUACGUUACUGCUCAUUUACCUACACACGUGGCUUCAGAGGUCAUUGAUAUCCUCGAUCCUAUGCCGACUGACUCACCUUAUGAUAUACUUAAGGCAGCCAUCUUAAAACGCACUACCUCAUCCGACGAGUCACGCCUCCAACAGCUACUCUCCGGCGUCGAGCUUGGUGAUCGUACACCGUCUCAGCUCCUGCGACAUAUGCGAUCACUAGUCGGUUCAGCAACCUUGGAUGAUUCCAUCCUUCGCCAACUCUGGCUUAAGUGUCUUCCCGCUAACACGACGGCGAUACUAGCUGUAAUGGCUGAGGAC